AUGGCGGUGACCGGGAAGAGGACGCGCUGGUGGAUGGCGACCGUCGGCGCGGUGCUGAUGCUGCUGAUGCAGAGCUCGGCGGCGGCUCACGCAGCCGAGGGAGGUCAUGAUGAGGCGCUGAGGCCGGCUGACUCGCCCCCGGACCUCGCGGCGCCCUCCGACCUCUCGGCCUCCCCGCGGACCGGACACAGAUCUGGGCCCGAGCACAAAGAGGACGUUCCCGCCGCCGCCUGGCCGGAGGGUAAAGUGUUCGCUGAGGCCAGGACGGCAGUUUGGACGGAAACGGAGGCAGGAGUGCGGGCCGGCAGGGUCUUUGCCGAGACGGGGAUUAUGGCGGGAACCGGCGCCUGGGCUGGCGCCGAAUGGAGGCCGGUGGACUCGGAGGGGGGCGACCUGCCAAGCGUGCCCAGGGGCCCUGCGCCCUGGCUGGGGCCACAGAGGCUGCAGACGGCGGGCCAGAGAGAGCAGGCCACCUUCUCAUCGGUGCUCAGCGUGCUGGCAGAGACGGCCGAGCUGCAGGCGCCGGCGGCGGGAAAACCUCUGGGGCUGCUGUCUAAAGCCGCCUGGGUGUCCAAGGCCUCGUCCUCCUCCACGACUAAAGCCCCCUCUUUGCCUUCGUCGUCCUCCUCCUCCUCCUCUCUAGACAGUCAGACUCCAGGCUCACACAACAUGUCGCACAACUCCUCCGCCAGCGACAGCAGCACCAGUUUGGAGGAGUCGGUGAGCAGCCUGCCGGCCUGGGACCUCCCCACCGUCCCCGAGUCGCUGCUGUCCACGGUGGGCGACCACGACAUCACGCUACCAGCCAACGUCACCAGCCCGUUCUCCACCCACCAGUGGAACACCACCAUGCCGGUACGCACCAGAAACACCUCGCGGCUCACGACCGCACCGACCACCACGACCACCGUGGCGUCGCUGUCGCCGACCGCCACCUCGACGUUCUCCAGCACGGCGCCGCCGGAGCCCACCACGGCUUCGCCCGCCACGAGCCGGGACACUGUGACGAGCCCCCAGCUGACAACAGUAACCACGACGACGCCCGCGACGACCACUCCGACUGUGACCGAGGUCGCGACGCAGGCGCUGACCACUGGGGGCGCUGUGGCGCUACCGCCAAAUACCACCGCUACGGCAACCACGCAGCAAACAACAAGCCUCAAACUCACCACGACAACCACAACUCAGCCUACAACCACCACUACAACCACACCCGCCCCGACUACCACCACCACCACCACUGUCCCCCCAACCACCACCACUACUACCACUGUCCCCCCAACCACCACCACUACCACCACUGUCCCCCCAACCACCACCACUACUACCACUACGACUACUACUACUACUACUCCUGCUCCCACUACUACCACUACUGCAUCUACUACUACCACUACUACUGCUGCCACCACUACCACCACCACCACCACGACAACCAAGGCGCCUCCCACCACGGUGCUCGUCCCGGUCCAGACUACACCACCUCCAACCGUCGCCCAACAGACUCCGUCCAGUACCAGCGCAGAGGAGCUUCCUCUACCUUGCAACGUGACGGAGAAGUUCUGGGUCAGAACAGUUUUGUCCAUUGAGCUGCGUCGGAACCGACUGGACCUGAUCCUGAAGCAGAACCUCUCCAAAGGCCUGAGCCACGCGCUGCAGCGAGCUCUGAACGACUCCACCGCCUACGCACAGGUGGAGCGAGACGACUGCAGCCCCAACAACGUGACCCUCGGCUACUACGUGACCAGCGGCAAGACCGUGUACGUGUCGUCGGCGGUGGUCGAGGCGCUCAACGUCUACGGCUUCGACAAGCUGCUGUCCGACAUCCGGCAGCACACGCCGCUGGUCAAGGCCGUGCUGGUUCCCGUGGCGACCUGGAUACCGGCCCCCAGCAUCCACCUGCAGCUGAAGACAGUCUUGAGGUUUGUUGGCCCGACGGACAACGUCUACUCCUGCAGCUUCGUCCAGAUGUUGGAGCAGAGACUGGAGAACGCCUUCGACGAGGCUCAGGACAAAGUGUUGGAGACGUACAACCGGCUCACCGUGGAGGUCCAGAGCGUCUCGCAGGAGCCCGGUUCUCCGUCGGUGACUCUGGUCUACGUGGUGAAGAACCAGGACGCCAUCCUGAACGGGACCAUAUCCAGCGGCCUCCUGAACCAGCUGACGGCGGAGCUGGUGGGGUACUUCCUGUUCUACCCGCCGCUGGUCAUCGCCGAGCCUCUUGAAUACCACAAUCUGAACACAUCGACGGCAACCAAGAACUACUGGGUGAUAACAGUGAUCCAGGACGUGGACCGGUCCUCCCUGGAGGACAACUACCAGAGCUUCGCCAGCCUCAUGGAGCAGCGCCUGGCCGAGCUGUUCCUGGUGGCGGGUCGGCAGGGCAGCAGCCGCUCGGUGCGCUCCAGGAGGGCCACCACGGUGGGCGGCUACACCGUGCAGAUGGUGGGCAUGCGGCGGCUGCCCGGUCCCAAGAACCCGGCGGAGAUGACCUACUACGUCCAGCUGAACGGGGCGCCCAUCACCGGCACCAGCGCCGCCAAGACGCUCAGCAGCCUGGACUCGCAGACGAUGGCGCUGACGCUGGGCUACUUCGUACAAGUGCAGGCCGAACCCGUGGUGAAGACGCCGCCCAGCAACCUGUGGAUCAUGGCCGUCCUGACGCCGCUCUUCCUGCUCAUGGUGGUCAUCGGCAUGGUGGCCUUCAUCCUGUGCAAGAGGAACCGGGUCAUCUUCAAAACCGGAGCCUUCAGGACCUUCAAGACCCGCUCCAAGACGUCAUAUCGAAGGGAAGGCAGUUAUCACCACCAGCCCGUCCAGGGGUUCGACUACGCCAAGAAGCACAUGGGCCGGACCGGCGACGAGGCCGUCUCCGUCACCAAGGAGACGCUGGUGCUGGGGCUCCCCGUCCGAGACGCUCCUCUGUCGAUGUCGCUGGACAAGAAGGUCCACCAGGACGGCACCGGCGGCAAGAGGCCUCCGUCUGCCGACCUGCACAAGGGAGGCCGGUUGCCAAGCGAGGAGGACGGCUCGGUGUCGAGCAACGGCUCCGGGAAGCUGAACACCAGCAAGAGCUCGUCGGCCCGAAGGACGGCGACCGGCAGCAGCAAGAACGGGAAGGAGGAGCUGCAACGGAGGAACG